UUGUACUAUAUACACUCAUCUCCAUUCUCAUUCCCUCUUAACUUCCAAGCACCAAACACCAAGCUCUCCACAGCCAUGGCAGACCUCAGUUUCAUUGUGGGAAUCAUAGGGAAUGUAAUCUCUAUUCUAGUCUUCACUUCUCCAAUUGGUACUUUUAAGAGGGUGGUUAAGAAGAAGUCUACAGAGAAUUUCAAGUGGGUUCCAUACACUACAACUCUUUUGAGCACUUGUUUGUGGAGUUUUUAUGGUCUUUUGAAACCUGGUGGACUUCUUGUUGUCACUGUUAAUGCCAUUGGAAGCUUGAUGCAAGCCAUUUAUGUUAUUCUAUUCCUCUUUUAUGCUCCCAAGGAAACAAGGGCAAAGAUGGCAAAAGUAGUAGGAAUUCUGAACAUCGGAUGCUUCGGGGCUGUAGUUUUGAUCACUCUUCUCGCGAUCCAUGGAAGUGUUAGGCUUCUCGUGGUCGGUUUUGUAUGUGCAGCUCUUACAGUGGGUAUGUAUGCGUCACCGAUGGCAGCCAUGAGUAUGGUGAUACGAACAAAGAGUGUCGAGUACAUGCCUUUCUCACUAUCAUUCUUCCUCUUCCUCAACGGCGGCGUGUGGAGCAUCUACGCCGCACUUCUCAAAGACUAUUUCAUCGGUGUUCCAAAUGCUAUCGGUUUUGUUCUCGGCUCAGCUCAAUUAAUCGUCUAUGCAGUGUAUAAAAGAAAACGACAACCACCGAAGGAUAUCGAUAGAGAGGGCUCGGCACAACUUGUUGAUGUGGAAAAACAAGAAUGGGAUACUGAAACACAUCAAGAGAAACACUUGAACAAAGUAAAAAGCCUUCCAAAGCCGUCGGUUUCCCGGCAAUAUAGCUUAAACAAAAUAGUGAAAUCCAUUUCACUGACUCCUUAUGAACUUCAAUCUUAUUGGCACCAAAACACCAACUCAGCCUCCUCUGAGAUCAAGUUCUAAGUUAAAAUCUUCACUGCAUUUUUAAUUCCACUCUGAAGAUCAUUUAAUGUUGCUUAUGUAGAACAUUAGUAACUUGGUAUGUAAGAGUUGUGAA